AUGGAUUUGAGAUCGGAUACAAUGGCUUUAAACAUAUAUGACUACUUUGUGUUUGGAGCCAUGCUGUCAAUCUCGGCUCUCAUAGGCAUCUACUAUUCUCUGACUGAGAGCCACGACUCGGACUCAGACUUCCUUAUGGGUGGGCGCCAGAUGCCUGGGCAUACCGUGUCACUGUCCCUCUUGGCCAGUUUCCUUUCUGCCCUCACCGUACUGGGCAUGCCCGUUGAGGUGUACUACUAUGGCUCCAUAUACCUAUACGAUAUUCUGACCUUCACCAUAGUCGUCGCCAUCACAGGGGAGGUCUACCUGCCUAUCUUCUACCGGCUCAAGAUCACCAGCACCUAUGAGGUGGACAGGGUGGAAUGGGUGUACUUGGAACUUCGAUUUAAUAGAGAACUUCGCUUGGUUGGAUCAUCUCUCUUCAUUGUUCAAAUGGUAUUAUACACUGGAAUUGUUAUUUGUGCUCCUGCUCUUGCUUUGCGUGAUGUCACAGGACUUGGACUUCGUACUGCAGUAUUUGCAACUGGGGUUGUCUGUACUUUCUACUGCACAGUGGGAGGUCUCAAAGCUGUUAUAUUGACAGAUGUUUUUCAAACUUUAAUUAUGAUAUCAGGAUUUCUGGCAAUUAUUAUUAAAGCCUCAGUUCUUCAAGGUGGAAUUACAACUGUCAUAAGACAAUCUAUUGAUGGAGGAAGACUAAACAUGUGGGAGGUUUCAGAGCCUUCGCUCACGGGAGCCUGUGUCCACCUCCGCUCAUGCCUGCGUUCAUGCCUGCACUCUUUGUCCACGCUCAAAGUCCAUCUCAUGCCAUAUCUAGCACUGGAUAUUCUAGGUACCCAUCGAGGACUUCCAGGACUUUUUGUGUCAGCUGCUUAUAGUGGAACAUUGAGCACUGUAUCCUCCAGCAUCAAUGCCUUAGCUGUUGUAACUGUAGAAGAUCUUAUCAAGCCAUAUUUAAAUGAUCCUUCACUAAAGAGUCUUUCUUUAAUUUCUAAAGCAAUAUGUUUCUUCUAUGGAGUCAUUUGCAUUGCGAUGGCUGGUCUCGCAUCAAUAAUGGGAAGUCUGAUAGAGGCAACUGUCAAAAUUUUUGGCAUGAUUGGAGGACCACUCUUGGGAUUGUUUACUCUUGGAAUCUUAAACCGUUCUGCCAAUGCCUUAGGUUCGUUUAUUGGUCUUGUUACUGGAUUCACUUUUGCACUCUGGAUUGGAAUUGGGUCUUAUUUGGAUCAUCCACCUCCUGAUGAAAGUGCAUUAUUACCCGUUUCAAUUGCAAAUUGUUCCGAAGGUAAAAGCAUGUAUCUGAAUUGGACUAGAGUCUUAGAACAACCAGUCUUAAUACCAUGGAAAGCAUCUGAGUUUAAAAGGUAUAAUUAUCUAAACAUUUAUUGGUUUUCUUACCUGUAUUUAAGCCCUAUGGGCACAGUUGUAACCCUAAUUGUGGGAUCCAUUGCCAGCAUUGCAACAGGUGGAAAAAACCAGAUUAUUGACAAAAAUUACUUACUAAAGAAAGAGGACACAAUACUUCAUUUUUUCAAAAAAAAAAAUGAAGGAGAAGUUUCAGAACCACCCAAUUAG